AUGCGCACCUCCGUUGCACUGCUCGCAAGGACAAGGCUCUCGGCUAUUGCUAUGGCCCGAUCUGCCCAGCCCGUCCGCAUGGCCCUCCAGAGCCAUAUCAACCAACGCAUCUCCUCCUGCCAGACAAACACUCCCUCCGAGUCUAGGAGGCACUAUAGCUCAAGACCCUCGGAUCAACCUAUUCACCACAUUCGUGCCAAGGUGACAUUGGCAACCUUACGCAAAUUGUACAAGCGAGGCGAGCCGAUCACAAUGUUGACCGCCCACGACUUCCCCACAGGAACACUCGUCGACAAGGCCGGUAUGGACAUGACCCUCGUCGGCGACUCCUUGGCCAUGGUCGCUCUUGGCUACCCCUCGACCUCCGAGAUCACUUUGGAUGAAAUGCUGCACCACUGCCGAGCCGUCGCCCGUGGAACUCGCUCGAGCUUCUUGGUCGCCGACAUGCCCUUUGGAACAUACGAGACCAGCCCAGAGCAGGCUAUCAACACUGCUGUCAGAAUGAUGAAGGAGGGCAAGGCCGAGGCUGUCAAGAUGGAGGGCGGCAAGGAAAUGGCACCCACCAUCGCUCGUCUCACCCAGGUCGGCAUCCCUGUUCUCGGACACAUUGGACUGACACCUCAGCGACAGGCCAGCUUGGGCGGAUUCAAGGUUCAGGGCAAGACCGCUGCCAAGGCCAGAGGAAUCAUUGAGGACGCAAAGGCUUUGCAGGAUGCUGGUUGUUUUGCCAUUGUUCUGGAGGCAGUUCCUGAGCCGGUGGCGACACAUGUCACCAAUAUUCUCAAUAUCCCCACCAUCGGAAUUGGCGCCGGUGUCGGAUGCUCUGGUCAAGUGUUGGUCCAACAGGAUAUGCUGGGUCUUUAUGGCCGUGUCCCCAAGUUCUGCAAGACCUAUCGUGGCUUGGCGGACGAGAUUGUGGGUGCUCUGAAAGAGUACAGCGCUGAUGUCAAGUCAGGAUCAUUCCCAGCAACAGAGCAUUGCUACCCUAUGCCCCAGGAGGAGCUGAACCGGUUUAUGCGGAUGAUUGGCCAGGAUGAACAAGAAGAGGAACCCGACAGCGACAAGCGUAAAGUAAGCGCUUAG